GGCAAAACCAAUCCAUCAUGAACCAUGUAACGUAUGCUUCAAGUGAUGGAAAAACAACACCUGCAACACAGAAUCGAUUCUCUUCUUCUCUUUCUCUUUCUCCCCCACCACCAUCACCAUUUUCUUCUUCUCCAUUCCCCACUCUCACUUUCUCCCCUUUACGUUUCGAACCUCCAUUACAAUGCCAUCAUCAAAUUCUCACCUGACCUAAACCCACACCACUUCGAUUUCCCGAUUCUUCGUCCAAUCCCUAAUUCUUCGUUUAGGGAAGACGAUGAAUCGGAGCUUCAGGGCGCAGGAAUCGCAAAUGCAAGGUUCGUGGAAGCGCCAAUUGGGGCUUCUGAAACCGCCGUCUUCGCGCGUCAAGGACAAUGACGACGAGCUCGCCUUGUUCCUUGAGAUGAGGAGACGCGAGAACGAGCGCAACGGUGUUCUGCUCCGCGCCUCCAACCGCGAGCUUGCUGAUUCACCACCGUUAGGCUCUUCAAAUCAGGGCAAUUCUCCCUCUAUGAGCAUUUCAUCAUCUGGGCAAGGUCCUGUGCUUAAGACUGGUGUUGAUGAUUUUCUCAAUUUUGAAGAUGAUAAGAACGAUUAUGAAUGGCUUCUAACCCCCCCUGGGACUCCCCGCUUUCCUUCUUUGGAGAUGGAAACUCAAAAAACUGUUAAGAGUCAGCUUGAUGCUCCGACCACACGUCCGACAGCAUUAACAUCUAGAUUGGCAAAUCCUCCAUCAGAGCUUAUUGGAAGGAACAACUUGGUAUCUAAAAAACCAGCUUCCUCUCCUGGGAUGACCUCCUCAGGUGGUGGCACUAGGAGGCCCUCUUCAUCAGGGAAUCAAGGACCAAGACCUGCGACUCCUACUGGACGGCCUACAUUGACCACUGCUUCAAAAUCUAGACCAUCAACACCUACUUCACGAGCACCCGUUUCCUCAACUAGGACAAUGGUAUCCUCAACCAAGCCUGUGGUUUUUCCUACUAAGAGUAUGGUCACCAAAACUACUACAGUCCCUGCAGCUAAACCCACAGUUCCAUCUAGGUCCUCUACACCUAUGUCAAGAUCUGCUGCAAGAUCUUCAACGCCAACUAGCAGGCCUGCCUUACCUGCUUCCAGGUCCACAUCAAGGGCCUCAACUCCCUCUAGGCGACCAUCUACCCCAUCAAAUAUACCCACCGUAUCUGCUCCUUCAGUUAAGACUUCUUCAAUCCCCAAGCCAGCCCCUGCAGUGUCAAGGCAGCCAGUACCAUCACGUGGCACUUCACCUACAGUGGGAUCGAGAUCAUGGAAGCCAUCUGAGAUGCCUGGCUUUUCACUUGAUGCUCCACCCAAUUUGAGGACAACGAUUCCAGAAAGGUCACUUUCAACAACUAGGGGGAGACCGGGAGCACCUGCUUCAAGGUCUUCAUCUGUUGGGCCUGCUUCUGGUGGCAGACCAAAGCGGCAAUCAUGCUCUCCUUCAAGAGGGAGGUCUUCCAAUGGCAUUUCUCAUACAAGUGGUAGCUCUAUGCCUGCGGUUAACCGGGGUUACUCCAAAGUAAAUGACAAUGACAGUCCUGUUCUAAUGGGAACUAAAAUGGUCGAGAGGGUAAUAAAUAUGAGGAAACUACCACCUUCUCGACUGGAAGUCAAAAUUUAUCCCCAUAGUAAUCUGCCUGGCAAGCCAUCUUCAUCCCCAGACAACUCUGGUUUUGGAAGAUCACUCUCAAAGAAAUCCUUGGAUAUGGCUAUUAGGCAUAUGGAUAUAAGACAACGGGCUCCAGGAAAUUUACGGCGGCCAUUAAUGACUAACAUUCCAGCAUCUUCAAUGUAUAGUGUGCGGUCAAGUCCUCGGCAUAGCCAAACUGUCAGUUACUCAGGCUCACCUCAUGCCACUAGCAGUAAUGCUGGUUCUGAGGUGAGUGUAGACCAAAAUGGUCUUUGUAUCUAUAAUGAAACAGAUGAUGAUAUUGUCGGUGAGAGAGGUGAUCGAUCUCCUUCCAGUGUUCGAUACAGGUAAACAGCUCUCACUUUGGGGAAUCCUCUCCCACAUUUUAAUGGCACAACCCUUCUUGACCUGAGUUUCAACCAUAGUGGAUUUGCAUAUGGAGCUAACCAUGCUUCUUUUAUUGUAAAGUUUGUGGGAAAUGAUUCAACUGUGUGUAAUGGAAGGUAUUUGUAAUUUUAGGUUGAUCAACUAAAUGCUACAACUGUAACACUCCAUUCUUUUAAGUGGUUAUUUUACACGAAAAAAUGUAUUUUGUAAAGGUUAGGAAUGGAGUAGCAUUGUAUUUUCAGCCUCAACCUUGGUUUCCAAAAUCAACCUCAGCCUCAACCUUUACAUGACGAUACAGUUAUCUCCUUAUUUCUCAUCCAGAGAAAGAUAGUAGCAACAUUUUCCCCAUUCCUUUUAAGUAAAUACCUUAUAUGUGUUAAUAUUGUUGUGAUUCAUUAUUGGAAGAUUUGUUAAUAUAAACUUUCAAAUUGUGAUUUCA